AUGAACUUCAAUCCGGACCGAUCACGAUUCGAUCAACAAACGUUCUAUGGACGUUUACGACACUUUGCUGCCAUAACGGAUCCGUUCAUCGCUUUCACACCCACUACCGAGUUGUUGAAGGCGAAAAAUCUUAUGGAUAGAUGCAGGUCGCUGCCAGUUACGCUUCUGGAAUUACAUCGUGCUCAACGCCUCUUUCAGUCAGCGUUCCAUCCAGAUACCGGUGAUCUGCAGAAUUUUGCUGGACGAAUGUGCUUCAAUGUAUGGGGCGGAACGAUGUUGUGUGGUGCGAUGAUGAUUUGGUAUAAAUCAACUUCUGCCGUUCUGUUCUGGCAAUGGGUUAAUCAAUCGUUCAAUGCUCUUGUAAACUACACGAAUCGAAAUGCAAAGAGUGAUCUCCUAGUGGCAUAUUCUACAGCUGUCGGUGGUGCCUUAAGUAUAGCUAUUGGGCUAAAACAAUACUUUGCAAAACGGAAAGUUAGUACACUUGCUCAGAAGAUGGUUCCACUUGCGGCAGUGGCUGCAGCAAACGCCAUCAAUAUUCCGCUUAUGCGGCAAAAUGAAUUAAAAAAUGGAAUGAAUGUGACGGACAAGGACGGUACGGUGGUAGGCACAUCCAGACUUGCUGCAAUUAAAGCGAUUUCGCUCGUCGUAUUAUCAAGGAAUGUUAUCGUAGCACCAUGCAUGAUUCUCACUCCAAUCAUAAUGGAAAGACUGGAAAAUUUGGCAUGGUUCAAGCGUAACAUACGUAGAAUUAACAUUCCAAUUCAACUACUCCUCACAUUUGUAAUAUAUGGUGCUAUGGUACCUGUGGGCUGUGCUUUGUUUCCACAGCAAAACUCCAUCAAGCUAACAACGUUGAAACGGUUCGAACCUCAAGCAUAUAAACGACUACUUCACGUGAAGGGAAAUCUCGUCUAUUUCAAUAAAGGAUUGUAG